AUGGGAGCACGUUUAUUGCCCGCGGUCGUAUUAGUGUUGGAAUUACUACAGUAUGCAGACGGUCUGACGUGCUACAUGUGUCCACCAACCCGGGGAGAGACAGCGGAGGAGGCCAACAUUGAGUGCCUCGCCCUUGGACAGGAAAUGUCGUGCGCGCAGGAUCAGGACCGAUGCUAUAGCCGAUUCGAGAGCUCCCGGGGGAUGGUGGAGAAGGGAUGCAGCCGCAGCACCCUCUGUAUCGGGACGACUUCAUGUUGCGAAAGGUCCUUCUGUAACGCAGAUCCAAAGACGUCACAGACCGGGUAUGGACGUCCGUGCGAUGACGUCGACGACUGUAUUCAGGGAGGAGCGGAAAUGACGUGUGCGCGCGAUGUGCCUAGCGACUCAACAGAGUUUUGCUUAUGUGCAGACGACAGUUUUCAAAGAGGGUCCACGUGCAAGAGAAAAAGUAUUCCCCAAGGUGCGUGUGUGGAUACGUACCAGUGCAUUGACGCCAACAGCACGUGCGUAAGAGAACGUUGCACGUGUACGUACGGGCUUUUCGCUAACGGAUCCGUCUGUGAUCCACAAACGGGACUGGGCGGAUCGUGCACGGUGGAAUGGGAGUGCCGUGGCCGCCACACGUCAUGCACGGCGGGAACAUGCACGUGUCAGUUUGGCUUCUUGCAUGUCAACGGCACGGACAAUUGCUCGGGCACUAAAGGUUUAGUUCUGGCCCAAGACACCGGUCUAAUGGUGACACUAGCUGUUGUGAGCGUGAUGUUAGCUUCCUUUCUGCACCAAUGA